ACUCAAACGCGGUUUACUCUCCCUCGAAACUUUCCGUCGAUGGUUUAUGGCCAACGACGAGUAGUUGCAAAUGCACUCAAGAAUGUAACCGCCGUCUCCGUCGCCCACUUACCAAAAUUCCCACCUCCUGCAUCCACGCAAUCUCUCAAAGUGUCAAAUUUUGACGCAGAAACCUGGGGCGCUUUACAACCUCCUCCUCCCACCGCCCUCUCAGCAUUCAUCCAUCGUAUUGGCCUGGGCUCUGUUAUUACGAACACAGAUACCAUUCUACAGGCAUGCACUCAUCCCUCUGCUCAACACCUUGCAAGGCGACUGGAUCCAAAUAGCCCACCAUUACCUACCAAUGCUCAACUAAGCACGCUCGGAAACGCGCUUAUGGGACUGUUUGCCACAGAAUACGUCCAUGCAGCAUAUCCUCAUCUUCCCACUCGCGUCAUGAAAGCCGCGGUUACAGCCCAUGUUGGCCCUCUCACCUGUUCAAAUGUCGCCCAAGAAAUGGGAGCAGUUCCUCUGCUGAGAUGGCAUAGAGAGCAACCACAAACGGGCAACUACCAACCGCCGUUGCAGCGUUCAGACGCGCUUGCUUCCAUACCACGUUCCCUUGUUGCGCUUGUAUACCAACACCGGUCACUGCCAUCAGCACGACAGUUUGUACACUCGUACUUCCUCAGCAGAGAGGUCGACAUCCGAUCCAUGAUUAAAUUUGUGGACCCAAAAAAAGCGCUCAAAGAAAUGGUGGCCAAGUUCCAGCGCGAACCACCAAGGUCCAGGUUGUUGAAGGAGACGGGUCGUUUUUCGAAUUCACCCGUAUUUGUUGUUGGGAUCUAUUCUGGAGAAGACAAACUCGGUGAAGGAUUCGGUGCAUCGCUGAGAAUGGCUGAAUACCGGGCUGCUGAGGAUGCUCUAUUGAGCGUUUACCUAACCCGGACACCACCAGAGCUUAUCCAACUACCAACAUCGACAUUCCCACUCGGUCUUGGUGAUGUUUUCAGGGACGGACCAGAGGGCUCUUAUAAUGCGCCACAAUUAGAAGAGGGCGAAGUCAUGUAUGGCAGUGGUGGACGGAGUGGGGUCAGACAGAGAAUAUAA